UGGCCGUCGCCGCCUCGGCAUUUAAAGGGCCCGCCGUCUUCCCGAAGUUGGAAGCUCGGGCUGGAAGUCGGCGGACGGCCGUUUGCCAUGGGUCCUGUGCGGCUGGGGAGGUUGCUUUUCAUUUUAGGUGUCUGUGGUGCUUGGGCUGGGGCGCCGAAGGAGGAGGACGAGGACACGGAACGCUUGCCCAGCAAGUGCGAAGUGUGUAAGCUGCUGAGCCUGGAGCUGCAGGAAGAGCUGAGUCGUACCGGCCGAUCCCGAGAGGUGCUGGAGCUGGGCCAGGUCCUAGACACAGGCAAGAGGAAGAGACACAUCCCAUACAGUGUUUCCGAGACAAGGCUGGAGGAGGCCCUGGAGAAUCUGUGCGAGAAGAUCCUGGAUUACAGUGUCCACGCCGAGCGCAAGGGCUCACUCAGAUAUGCCAAGGGACAGAGCCAGACCAUGACCACACUGAAGGGCCUGGUGCAGAAAGGGGUGAAGGUGGAUCUGGGGAUCCCUCUGGAGCUGUGGGACGAGCCCAGCGUGGAGGUCACCUUUCUCAAGAAGCAGUGUGAGACCAUGCUGGAGGAAUAUGAGGACGUCGUGGGAGACUGGUACUUCCACCAUCAGGAACAGCCCCUGCAGCAGUUUCUCUGUGAGCGCCACGUGCUCCCAGCAGCUGACACCGGGUGUCUGCAAGAAAGCUGGACGGGGAAGGAGAAGAUUUCAGAUGAGCAAGUGCAGACAGAAGAGGAGGAGCAAGAUGAUGAUGAUGAUGAUGAUGAUGAUAAGAAGGACAAGGAGGGAGAGGACAAGAUGACCAACAAGCCAGGCCACUCCAAGCAUGACCCAGAAGACCUCUGAUCCUUGCUUUUGAGCCACCAGAAGAGGCAAAGGUUAUGGAGAAGAAGCCUCUGAAGUCUCAGCUCUCCUUCUGCCACGGCCUCUGCAGUGUACAGGGGCUUGUGUGAGUGACCCUGGCCCAGUGCUCAUAGCUCUUCUCCCUCAUGUAGUCUGGGCUGGGUCCUGGUGGUGCAGGGUGGCAGGCCUCGGGGAGAGAGGCUGGAGCAGCAGAUGCGCCUCCAGCCUGUUAGCUCAUUCCUUAAUUAUCAGGUGUGCAUGGUAAUAGCUUUGCCUGUCCAUCUCCUUCCUGCCACCCCACCCAGAGGUGCAUGAUGGCAUGGGCACUGGUGUCUUGGGACAGUCACUCCGCCCACUUGCGGGUCUGUUUAUAGACCCUGAAACAAAGAAGCCAGAUGAAACAGUGUCAAGAGCAACACACCCACCGGGAGCUGCAGUGCCAGCAAAAUGUGGGGCAGGAUGGGUGGGCACAGGGUCACGUUGGAAAUUGAGGUGGGGGAGAUACUUGAGCUACUUUAUAUCUGUUUCACUGAAGGGGCCAUCAUGUACUUUGACAGAUGCCAAAUUUUCUAUGUCCCUAGUAAACUUUUGCAAAUAUCAGCUGGGCCCAGAGUUCCAAACUGCCGCACUCACAGAGGUGACCG